CGCGGAUUGUGCGCGUGCUCGGCGGCGGCAGCGGCGGCAGCAGCAGCCGGGAAUGGCGGCUGUUUUGGAGCUGCUGCUGCAGGAGGAGGUGGCGGUCGGCGCCGUGGUGCGGUGGCUCCGGCACGGCCCCGGCCCCGGUUCCCGCUCAGCUGAGGAGAACCACAUCCAUGACAAGCUGGUAUCUCUUAGUUUGCUUCAGAAAGACUUUGUGCCUUUUCUGCUAAAUUUUUUAAGGGAGCAGACCAGCCAGAUCCUGACUAAUGGACCCUCUACUCCUGCUAAAACUCCUAGUUCCAAGGCCCAUGGGAGCCAAAGGACAGGAUCAGAAAGGAGGGCAGGCCACGCAACCAGCAGCCGAGUGCAGCUCUUCUCCCAAAGGACUUCGGUGACCACCUGCACCACAGAUACCAGUUUCUCUCCUGCUGCAGCAUCCAGCAGCUCCUCUUCCUUUUCUGGGUCAAACCUGUCUAGCUCUUGCAGUGACUUCCCUAGCAUGGUCUCCAGUAGCAGCCCGAGCUUUGGGUACAGCCCUGUGUUUAACCAUGGUGAGAAGAGGUCAUCUCAGAAGGCCAGCUUGGGGAGCUUCCUCACAGCCACACCUGAAGCCCUGCCAGCGAGACGAGGCCGAAGGAAAGGCAGCAGCUCAGUCAGUGCCUCUGGCCGGCAGGUAGCUCGGGAUCUGGGGCGUUCCCUUGCUGAAGAGGAGGAUGGAAAGAAUGACAGUGUAUCAUGGAGCGCAGGGAGAAGGAAGCGGAGUGAAGCGUCUCUUGUUUCUGCCAGAUCCCCACCCAGCCAGCUAAAUCUUAACAACUUGGAGGAGUUUCCACCCAUGGGUGCUGCCUCUGGCUGGACAAACAAAAGCAAACCAUCACGGCGAAUCAACCCAACUCCUGUAAGUGCUGAGCGCCCCCUCUCAAAACCAAAGAUGUGCUUCACUUCUACGCCUGUCAGCCAGUCUCCAGCUGCUCGGUUUUCAUCUGCGUCGAGCCUUGAGGCCUUUACCACUGUCCAGGAAGGAAACCUUACAUCAGUGAUAAGCAACAGCCUUCAAGAGGAGAGGGAGAUGCUGAAGAAAGAACGAUGCAAAUUGCUGCACCAGGCGUCUUCUCCUGCAGGGAUAUCUCUUGAUCCUGGUACUCCUACUAAGCCUAGCUACACUCGCAGUGCUAGCCUUCCUGCUGAAAGCCAUCUGGUGACCUGUGCAUAUCCUACUAAGGUUUCCUGCAAGAAACAGUUGGAGUGUCUGGCGCAGCUCUAUUCAUCGUGUAUAGCAGAAAACCUGGUACCAAAUAUUUUUCUGGAGCUCUUCUUUGUUCUGCAGCUGUUGACAUCUAAAGGCACUUCUACUGCAGAAGAUGGCGAUAGUGACCUUGAAGUCAAUGAAAGAAGUAAAGAUGCAUCAGGGAGACAGCAUUUCCGAAGUGUGCACAAUUGUGUUUAUUUCGCUGUUCAGGUCUUGGAUUAUCAGUAUGAAAUUAUUUCCCAUUUAGAAAAGGGGAUGCUGAAGCUUUUGGCUGAAAAUGAACGGAUUGCAUCUUUUUCUCCCACCUUGCACGAGAGGCUCAGGCAGGCUUAUGAAAGCAGCACAGCCAAGGUAUCUCUCCUGCUGCCAUGCUCUGUACAGUCUGUUUCUUUCCAGCCAGAAACUGACAAUCGCUCUAACUUUCCCAGUGACAGAGCAUUUCACAUAUUUAAGAAACAAAGGGAUAUAUUUUAUGAACUACUGCGUGAAUGGGAGGAUAACCAUGAAAAAACUGGCUGGGACUUUGAAAGAGUUCUGGGCAACAAGAUCAGGGCCAUGAUGGCUCACCUAUCUGCAACCUGCAACCACAGCCAUUUUGCCAGGCUCUUUCAGAAACAGCUUAUCCAGAUGUGUAAAGGUCCUACUGGUGGUGGUGCAAGCUGGGGAGACACCCCAGACCAGGAUGUCCUUAAUAUGCUGGGUUCUGAUAAUCUGAGCCGUCUGAAGAGGCUGCAGGAAAGAUUUGUUGUUCCUCAGAGCAUCAGAGGACCCUGUCCACCCCCUUCAUUUCCAGGGUGCCAGCAGUUCUUCAGGGACUUCAUCCUCAGCGCAGGAAGUUACCAGUUUAAUCAGCACCUGGUGGAUAGUCUGUGCCUGAAGAUACUCGAACUGAAUGGCCUUACUCUGGUGGAGCAUGAGCACAGUGAUGGGGAAGCAGAUAUGGAUGAACAGGAUGAAAAGAAGCGUUUCACUGUGGUCCUAUUAAGCCUCCGACUCCUUGCCAAGUUCCUAGGGUUUCUUGUAUUCUUGCCAUAUCGCACUGUGGAGCAACCAACUAGAGACUUGCAAGACUCUGCAGUAGCAUUAAGAAACCAAACCCUGCCUGUACUGGAUGUAUUGAAGCUUCUGAGACAAUCUAUUUGGGAUCGACGUUCUAUUCUCACUAUUCCUUGGAUUGUGGAGUACCUUUCCCUUGUGGAUCAUAUUGCUCCUUUCCUUGAUUAUUACAAGAAAGUAUUUUGUCUCUUGCUGCAGGUAUACAGGUUAAUGGUCCUUUCUGAAGAUAAGGAGAUGAGUUUCCUGAACAAGCUGCUGAUCCUUGCAGUUCUGGGUUGGCUUUUUCAGGUUCCAUCAGUCCCUGAAGACUUGUUUUUUACCACUGAUGUCAGGCAGGAGGGAUUGAUGAUGGAUUCUGUGACAUCUGCUCAGGCUUUGGACUCGGUACCCUUGGUGGAUCAGCAGUUACUUUAUACCUGCUGUCCCUAUCUUGGUGAGCUGCGGAAACUACUUGCCUCUUUUGUGGCUGGUAGUGGAGCAAAAAAUGGUGGCUUUAUAAGGAAAAUCACUCCCACAGCUGCAGAGUCCUUGGCACCCAAGGCUUCUGUCACACAGCGGAAACUGCAGGUAGAGUUGGAACAGGCCUUCUUCCACAACCAGCCUCCCUCCCUACGGAGAACAGUUGAAUUUGUGGCAGAGAGGGUGGGAUCCAACUGUGUUAAGCACAUCAAGGCAACACUGGUAGCAGAGUUGGUUCAAAGGGCUGAAGUCAUGUUGCAGGAUAAAGUGAAGGAGGAGGAUGCUAAUCAUGACAAGCUGCUUGAAGAGGUGUGCGCUCAUCUGUAUGAGGAAGGGGCCCAGGCACUCAUCAAAGGCAGAGAAUUUUGCAAAAAGAAAGGUCCUGAGGCGGUAAGGGUGUUAUUGCCAGAAGAGACAUCUGCAGCAGUUUUAAGUAGUGCAGAAGACAUUGCAGUGGAACUGGCUACUGAGAAAGCCUGUGGCUGGCUUUCUGCCAACAUUGCAGCACUCAUCAAAAGAGAAGUGAGAGCAACCUUCAACAGAAUGCUGAAAGUCCCAGGACUUCCCAUGCCUGGAGAGGAUGCUCUGGAGUUGAGAAGGGACUGCCCUCCAGGCUGUCAGCACUGUGCUCCCCUUCCCUCCCAAAUCAUCAACGAGAUUAAGGAUGUGCUCUGUGUUGCUGUGGGCCCACGGGAUGAGGGUGAAGUGAUUGACUACGUCUGGCUGGAGUGCUUGCUAGGAAGAUUGGGUCAGACACUUCGAUGCAGAAAGUUCAUGUGUCCCACAUCAGAACAGCAGCUGGCAAAGUGCACGGUUGAGUUGGCUUCUUUGCUGGUUUCAGAUCGUGUUCCUCUGAGUCUCGGCAUCAAGUCCCAAGAGAAGAGUUCUGAGAGGCUGCGUGUAAAGACUAAUCCCACCUAUGGCCUCCUAAAACUGCUGCUUUCUGUCUGGAAGGAGGACUUUGGGACACCUGUUCCUGUGCAGCUGAUGUUCAGCAAGAAGAACAUUGGUUAUCUUGCAGAAGUUAAGCAGCGAGAGUGGGAUUUGUUCCUUUUCAUGCUUCAUGGUUUUGUAGAACAUGAACUAAUGAGAACUAGUGAAAUAGAGAAUUGCUUGCAUACCCUCGAAGAGCUCCCUUGGUCCUCAGAUUUCUUAAAAGAACUGGAAAUGCUGUCCAGAGUAUUUCUGUCAGAACAUCAUCUAGAAGAGCCCAGGACUAACUCCUGUGAGCCGACCAGACAAUCUCUAGGUACCGUGACAGCACAAAGUUAGUGGAGGUGGACUCUCUGUGGACAAAAAUUACUAAUGAAGAUGCAAAUGGAAUUUUUAGUGUUUCUGAAUGCAUUGUGAGCUCUUUGCUGGGAACAUACUGCAGAUAAGAGGUCACUUUGUGCAAAACCUGCACUGCUCUUUCUGUUCAUGGACAUUUUGCCGUGGUGACUAUGCUGAAGGAUUUACAUCAGCAAAUGGAUCUCCAAGUCAAAAGUCCUUUAAGCACCUUGAUCGUGGCUCAGAACAGCCAUUUUUUAGACUCAUAGACACUUUUUGUAUUUGUGCAGCAACAGGCUGUGACCAAACCCAGGAAUCGAUUCAAGCGGACAAGUUACUUUGUGAUCAGAGAGAUGGUUUCCUGGUGGCUGUCUCUUCUCUUAACUUAAUGUGAUUUCUCAUGCUGUCUUUUAACAAAGACUGUACUGUUGGGGGAGGGAAAAGGUGAACCUGUAUGACAUGGAGAUGAGCCUAUAUUUAUUUUUCAUUGUAAGCUCAAUUUCAAAGGUUUGAUUUUAAUUUUUUUAAGACUCAUUUUAAAAGUUAAACCAUAUUAAAUAUGUACACCAGAACAUUGAUGGCAUUAUUCUUAAAGGAUGUAGAUGCUUAAGUGUUUUUCCAUCUCUUGUUGGAAACAGAACUUGUAAUUUCCUUGGGUUUUUAAUAGAAAUAAGGGAGAAAAUAAUCUGUUUAUAUUUUUUACUGAAGACAGUAUUUUUAAGACACUUUUAUAGUAUGUGAACAUAAAUGGCAUCUGGCUGCUAUUCACUGUUUUUGAUAAUCCUUCUUGCCUUGAGUUUUGGGUUUUAUCAGACAGGAAGUGCUGCAGCAAGAAAACUACAGCCUGGAAGAGCAGACAAAGUAGUGAAAAAGCACUGUGACGUCCCCUGGAGACCUGGUUUUGAAAGGAAUCCUUUUCUUGGAGGACAGUAGGUGUUUUCAGCCCUUGUGAAUAGAUCAUCACCAAGGGUGUGACCUCCAGCUCCCCUCCCCCACUCCCCCCCCCCCCCCCCCCCCCCCCAAGUAUUUCCUUAAACUGGGGUUUGUGGUAGGGACUGCUGGUGGCUAGCAGAGUAUGAUUAGGUGCUUAAUAGCUGUCUCAUGGGAUUUCCCCCCCCCCCCCCCCCGUAGCAGUGAGGAAAUUAUUUCCUUUUGUCUAGGAGUGUUGUAUUAGUGCAGGGUUUUUUUCAGAAAGCAAAUACUGUGUUAUGUAGAAAAAACAUCUGGACAAAGUGAAGCCCAGGGCUUUUUAGCUUGCUAAUUAACUUACCUCUUCCAUGUAUAAGGUGAGAAAAGGUAACAUCUUGGAGUUGGUGAUUUAAGAAAAAACACAAACAAACAGACCUAAGGAGGUAGAACUGUGGCUUCUGUUAAAAUACAUCUGCUACAGAGAGAGAAACCAUAGAAGAACAUCAGUGUCUGAACUGCAUUGAGAUUUUUCUUGACUUGGUUAUUAAGCACUGCAUUGAAAGAUUUGGCAUGUUCCAUCUGUGUGCCUUAUUUUAGGGUUUUUUUCUGAUGUGCUUGAAGCAGAGGGUCACUAGGAGUAGGCAUGCUGUCUAUGCAGCAAGGACAUGGUAAUACAAAUUGAAAUAGCAAGUACACUGUAUCUUAACCAUACCUGCUCCCUGAGGCUGAGUAUCAUGUGACAUUUUGCUGCAGGUCUCAUUUGAAGUUGUUGUUUGUCCUAAUAAACUUGUUUAAGUAA